GUCAUAUCCGCUAAAUGCGAGAUAUGAGUAUUGGCGAAGGAAAAUGGGACAGCACAUUUGGUGCACACUCGUACCAGCACAUUGCAUCAAACAUGAAUCUACUAAAUGCUGCUUGUUUUUUCAUCAUUCUGUAUGUGGUUAUCACGUCUUGUGAGCCUGUUGCGCACACAGCUGAACAGUGUGCACAGGGUCCACCAGGAUUGCCUGGCAGAGAUGGCCAGGUUGGCAGGGAUGGGCUUCCAGGCCGGGAUGGAAGAGAGGGCAAUUCUGGAGCCAAGGGAGAAAUAGGAGACAGUGAUGCGCCAGCUAUAUGCUCAUGUCCUGCCAGGAACAUCAAGCAGUGUGCGUGGUGGGACCUUAACCUUGACAUAGAUAGUGGACUCAUCAGUACAUGCAAGUUCAACAAGAUUAGCUCACACACAGCACUGUAUGUCAUCUGGCAUGGCAAUAUACGACUGAUACACACAGGGACAAGCUAUGGAUCCUGUGCACGGUGGUACAUAACGUUUAAUAAUGAGGAGUGCAUCAACCCGACCAGCAUCGACGGCACAAUGUUGACCAAACUACCCAAUGAGAACCAGCACAUUCCAACGACUAGUAUGUAUCGCUAAGACUACAGUCGGUUCAGGAAGGAGAGAGGUA